AUGGCAAUUGAGAAAUUUAUACAGAACGCCGAGCAAGCCUUGGAAGAUAACAACUUUUUAUCAGCGGACAAGUAUAUAAAAGAUGUGUUGAAUGAAAAUCCAAAAUCGUUGAAGGGGCAUUUAUUGAAAUGCACUUCAGAAUUACGUCAAAAGAAGGUUGAGGACUCACUUCAAACUUCAUUAACGUUGAUCCAUCUUGCAAGGGAACGUGGCAAAAGGGACUACAUUUGCAUGGGAUUAUAUCAUGCGGCUCUGGCAGAAUUUAAACUCAAAAGUUAUAAGGAUGCGUUUAAAUUUGGAGUUUUGGCAAAUAGCUAUGAUAACACAAACAAUGAGUUGUCAAUCUUCCUAGGAAUGGUUAAAAACAAAUUAAAGAAGACCGAAUCAUUGACUGAUGUUGCUUUAGAUGACUUGGAGAAAAAAAUACGGGCCACUAAAGAAGAUGCUAUAAUACCAGAGACUUCAAGUAAGCAGGAGACUGUUCCGGCUCGAGACACUAAAAAUACACAACCUGCAAAAAAGCAGGAAAGCACUUCCGUAAGACCAGAGCAGAAAUUAAGGACAGACUGGUAUGAAACUGGAAAUACAAUUGAUAUAUCUUUGUAUGUAAAACGCAUCGACAAAGAAAGUGUGAAAGUCGAGUUUAAAGAUGAAUCCUUAAGCGUACACUUCAAAACUUUUGAUGGGCAGAUUUUUGACUAUGAUAUUGUAAAGCUUUACUCUACCAUUGUGCCCCCUGAGUGCAGCUACAUCGUGUUUGGAACAAAAAUGGAAUUAUCCUUGAUAAAGCAGGAAAAGAUCAAAUGGCCAAAGUUGGAGUACGAGGAAGGUGGAAGUAAAGCAUUGAAGGAAUUUCCUAAAAAUCAGGCUGAAAAAGAUCUAGAAGAAGCCACUCCUUCAUAUCCAACAUCAUCAAAGAAAAAAAUUGAUUGGUCUAAAUUUGAUGAUAAGGACAAUGAUAAAGAGGAAGAAGGAGAUCCAGCUCUGAAGUUUUUCCAAUCUCUUUAUGCUAAUGCAGAUGAAGACACAAAACGAGCAAUGAUGAAAAGUUAUGUUGAAAGUAAUGGAACUUCACUCAGUACCGACUGGUCUGAGGUCAAAAAGGGUAAAGUUAAAACAGUUGCUCCUGAUGGUGCAGAGGUCAAGGAAUGGAGCAAAGAGUAA